AGGACUAAAAGGUUACAACAUCUUCGCAUUUGUUUUCCCACGUCCUCUCAAGCGUCCUCUGCCAGCUCUGCUGUAUUGAUUCCAGUGUCAGUGAUUCAAGGAACUGUCGCAAGUGAUGGAGCUAGAAUUCCCUGUGCUUAGAGCAGCCAAAGAAUGCCAUAGAUGAGGAUGAAACAGACCUGGAUGUUGGAGAGGUACCUGAUUUCAGAAAGUGAACAUAAAGUAAAAACACGGAGAGAGAGGCAGAGAGAGAAAAAGCUCCCUGAAGAGGGAAGCCCCAGCAGGCAGUAGCUGUUUGGAUUUGCCUGGCGCUGCCUUUCUUGCUUUGCUCCCAAGGAAUACCUUUAAUGGGAUCAAUUGCUUCAGUUCCUUUAUAACCAAGUCCACCGGAAAGGCAGACUCAACAUAUUAUGGGCAACUGUGUGAAGUCUCCACUGAGAAACCUCUCAAAAAAGAUCCGCCAUGAGGAGAAGACGUGCUAUAAGGCUGUCCAGACCAGCGAAGAGGGGCCGUCGGCCUGCGAGUACCAGGGUCCUCUCAUGGUGCUGGCCCAGAACUGCGCCGUCAUGCACAACCUGCUGGGGCCAGCAUGCAUCUUCCUGAGGAAGGGCUUCGCAGAAAACAGGCAGCCUGAUAGAGAGCUGCGUCCAGAAGAAAUUGAAGAAUUAAGAGAAGCCUUUAAAGAAUUUGAUAAAGACAAGGAUGGGUUUAUUAACUGCAGGGACCUGGGGAACUGCAUGCGAACCAUGGGCUACAUGCCUACUGAGAUGGAGCUAAUAGAGCUCUCCCAGCAGAUCAACAUGAACCUGGGUGGCCAUGUGGAUUUUGAAGAUUUUGUUGAGCUGAUGGGACCAAAGCUUCUAGCAGAAACUGCAGACAUGAUUGGUGUCAAAGAGCUCCGUGAUGCCUUCAGAGAGUUUGACACCAAUGGUGAUGGGGAGAUCAGCACCAGUGAGCUGCGAGAAGCCAUGAAAAAGCUUCUAGGGCAGCAGGUGGGCCAUCGGGAUAUUGAGGAGAUCAUCCGGGAUGUGGAUCUGAAUGGAGAUGGGCGUGUGGAUUUUGAAGAGUUUGUUCGCAUGAUGUCUCGUUGAAAACAAUUCUCAGCUAAAGAAGAAUCAGCACCUUAGAGAGGGCAAAAGAGGACCUAGAUGGAGCAUCUAGCCCCGAUGUUCCCACAUGAAGGUUUAUCGGCUGGCUGCAAUUGGGACAUUACAAGAUGACCUGCUGCUCCUCCCUCAUGGUGGUCCCCUUUGCCCCUCCACCCUUUCACACUGUGAAAGACUUGCAGCUUCCUACAACUGGAACCAUUCCUUGGAAAUGAUUGCAGGAAACUGCAGAGCCAAGACUUGCCAUGAUGCUUUCAUGGGAUAUUUGCAACUUUAGACUCCUCCUCCCCAGCUUUGUUCUCCCAUCAGCUGCUGCAAAGCAAGAGCAGGAGAAACCCUCUUGGCUUGGUGGAUGAGAACAAAGCUGUUGGGACUGGUGGCAGCCUCAGGGCGUGCUCUGCACUUCUUGGUUUCCCUUGGUGAACUGUGUCCGUGUUUGCUGUCUGUGUGUGUGUGUCUAUCUGUGUGGAGUUAUUUAUGCAUCUCCUGUGGUUAUGUUUACCAAGAGUAAAUUCAAAUACAUGUCUUGCGGGGGAAAGCGAUAAAUAUGCACGCUGAAAUGA